CCAGUGGGAGUGCCAGCAGGGGACUGUUAGUUGGCAAAAAUGCGGUGGAUGAAGAGAUUGUGUUUCUGGAGAAGAUGAUGGUUUACAUGAAGGACUAAAUCCAAAGAAGUUUGUAUUAUGCUAUGGGAGCAAAUAUUAUUCUAGAGGAGCAAGGCAUCAAUUUGAAGCUAUUUGUUCUAAAUUUUGAUCUUGGUUCAGUACGUGCCCCAAGACGUGACCUAGGAAACAUGGACUGAGGAAUCAGCUUCAGAGAAACAAAAUACGUCAAAGAGGUGAAAUAUUUAAAAGAGCUGAAAAUACUCAACAAGAUGUUGUUGAAAGCCAAAGUGUAAGGGAGAACUUCUCAAAGCCGGCAUGACUCACUGAACGGUGAGAAUAUCACAAAGUGUACAGGCAGCUGUGUUCACAGGGCUGUUUUAAACUGACAGUUAACUUUUCAGUGGAAGUGUUAUGACCAGGGAAGAAGGUUACAGAGAAGAAUUUAGCUAUGACAGGAUGCCAACUUUGGAGCGGGGAAAACAAGAGAAUGGAAAUUAUAUACCAGAUAUCAAAUCCAGUGACCUUCAGCUGUCAAAGAGGCUGCAUCCUUGCUUUAGUUACAAAACAUGGAUAUUUUCUUUGCUGAUGGGGACUUGCCUCCUUAUUACUUCUGGAUUUUCACUAUAUCUGGGAAAUAUUUUCCCAUCUGAAAUGGAUUAUUUACGUUGUGCAGCAGGUUCAUGUAUUCCUUCAGCAGUUGUGAGCUUUGCUAUAGCAAGGAAUAAAAUUAAUGUGAUACCAAAUUUUCAGAUUCUAUUUGUCUCUACAUUUGCUGUUACAACAACGUGUUUAAUUUGGUUUGGAUGCAAACUUGUCCUCAAUCCAUCAGCUAUAAAUAUAAAUUUCAACUUGAUUCUACUUAUUCUGCUGGAAAUCUUCAUGGCAACUACUGUGAUCAUUUCAGCUAGGUCUACUGAAGACUGCUGUACAAGAAAGAAAAAUGCUGCACAUGACAAUGCCAUUGUUUUGAGCAAUGUCAGCUUUCCUGCUCGAAUUCUGAAGUCAUACUCAGUAAUUGAGGUGAUUAUUGGAAUUUCAUCAGUAUUUGGUGGAAUAAUUGCUUUGAAUAUGGAUGUUCUAGUCUCAGGUCCAUACCUCUCAGUAACAUUCUUUUGGAUCUUAGUUGCUUGCUUUCCAAGUGCUAUUGCAAGUCAUGUAGCUGCUGAAUAUCCAAGUAAAUGUCUGGUUGAGGUCCUGAUUGCCAUUAGCAGUGUUACCUCUCCUUUGUUGUUCACUGCUUCCGCAUACUUAUCCUUCAGUAUCAUGCAAGUUGUUGACAUCUUUAAAAGUUAUCCACCUGCUGUUAAACAAUCUUAUGAUGUACUCCUGUUGCUGCUAAUGUUGAUGCUGCUAAUUCAGGCAUGCCUUACUAUUGGAACUGUAAUACAGUGUGUGAAUUACAAGACAAAAAUGAAACUACAAGAUUCAGCAUGGACACCAUCACAGGUUAAAAAACAGGAAUACAGAACAACAGAGGUUUCCAAUAAUACCUUAAAGGAUUUUGACAAAGAUAAAGCUUGGAAAGCAGUUGUGGUGCAGAUGGCUCAGUAGUUUGGAUUCUACAAAUGCAGCCAACACAGCACAAUCCAAUAAAAUAAAUCAACUGUUUGAAUUAAGGUUUAAAAACUUCCAUUUUUAAACAGCAAUAUAGUUGCAGCAGUAGGAGCCAUGGAAUACCGCAAUAAAUGAUGUAUCUUUCUAAUAAUUUUAGAAUUUGUUGAUAAUAUUUUUAACACAUCUGUAUUUUCUGUUGGUAUCUGUAGUCUAGUGUUUAGAAGAUACCUUUAGAAAAAGGUAAUGAGUCACAUGGAUUUAUGCUGAUGGCAAAGUAAAAUAUUGCAAUAUGUAGUAGGCUUCAUAUAUUUGCAAGAGAUUGUUAUAACUGCAGUUAUGCAGUCAGUGUGACUGAUAAAUGCUUUUGUAAAGUUAUGAGUACAAGUCAUAAUUGAUGUUUUUGCUUAUACUUCACUUUUGUAGGAGUUGUAAAGUGUUCUGCAUCUUAUUGCUUUUAUAUAAAUAAAAGUCUUUAUUAUGUGGAAACUCGAGAAUGUGGAUUGACAUUCUAAUCUGAGAGGUGACAACAGAAUAUUCUUUUCCAUUAAACUUCAAUUUCUGGACUAUUAA